AUGACGAGCAAAGGCAAUGACGGCCAGGCAUUUGCGCCUGUGCUUGCUGCUGUCGCGACCAUGCAGGCCAAUGUGUCGCGCUCCGACAAGGCCCAUGCUCACGAAUAUCUUGAGAAAUUCCAGAAAUCAGUGCGACCCUCCCUCUACUUCCCGCUCGUCCGCGACCGUGAUGCCCCUUUUCUAACGCCGGUUAUAUAUUCCUCUGAAGUUCCAAUCGAGGCAAAACUAUUUGCUGCCACGACACUCAAAGGAAAAAUCACCUACGAUCUCGACCAGUUGCCUGCUGACGCAGUGCCUGCGCUACGGGACUCCAUGUUGAACCAACUCGUCGCGUUUGCUUCGGGACCGCGUCCAAUCCAGACACAGCUCUGCGUGGGCCUGGCGAACCUUGCUAUUCAGAUGACUUCAUGGAAAGACGUGCUAGCCACGGUAGGAUCGGCACUGGGAAGCAAUGCCGGAGACUGUGUGUUGGAAUUUUUGAAAAUCCUCCCUGAGGAAGUGACCGAAGGUCGCAAAAUCAACCUGAGCGAAGAGGAGCUUGCAGUUAGAACCAAAGAACUAUUGGACGACAAUGCGGAACAGGUUAUGAACCUUCUUACACAAUAUUCGCAGUCUUCAGCCUCGGCCGCGACGAACCCUAGAUUGAUUGAUUGUAUAACUUCUUGGCUGCGUGAGAUACCUGCUACUCUGAUUGUGGAGUCGCCGCUGCUAGAUGUCAUCUUGAAGGCGCUCGAUAACGAGUCAUCCUUCGAUGCUGCGGUAGAAUGCCUCUGCUCGAUUUACAGAGAUACACGUGAGGUGGAUGAUUCAAUGCCUGCUAUAUUGAGACUAUAUCCUCGUGUUGUUGGACUUAGGCCGAAACUCCAGGAAACUGCGGAAGCCGAGGACGUGGAGACAUUCAAAGGGUUAACCAGGCUAUUCGCUGAGGCCGGAGAAGCUUGGGUAGUCCUGAUCGCAAGGCUUCCGACAGAAUUCCGUGGUCUUGUGGAGGCCGUCCUUGAAUGUUGCGUGCUCGAUAAGGAGCGAGAGGCAGUCUCGUUCACCUUUAAUUUCUGGUACGAGCUGAAGCAAUAUCUCGUUCUGGAACGUUAUGCCCAAGCGAAGACCGCUUUUGCCGAUGUUUUCUCCCGCCUGGUUGAUGUUAUGAUUAAGCAUCUCGAGUUCCCAACGCCCGAGGACGGUGACUCGGGUGAUCUGUUUGAUGGCGACCGUGCACAGGAAGAUCGAUUCCGUGCCUUCCGUCAUUCGAUGGGCGACGUGCUGAAGGAUUGUUGCGCUGUUAUUGGUGUAAGCGAAUGCUUAAUGAAGGCAUACCUUCAGAUCCAGCAGUGGGUGUCAAAAUAUGGUGCACAGGCAAGCAAUGAAAAUGUGCCUCAUUGGCAAGAGCUUGAAGCUCCUGUGUUCAGUAUGAGAGCCAUGGGGCGAAUGGUCGACGCGGAGGAAAGCACUGUGUUACCCCAAGUUAUACCUCUCAUUGUUCAGAUUCCAGACCACGAAAAAGUGCGCUUUUCCGCAAUCAUGGCGCUUGGUCGUUAUACAGAGUGGACAGCGAAUCAUCCUGAAACGCUGGAGGCUCAGCUCAACUAUGUGAUAUCAGGCUUUCAGCACAGCUCCCCGGAGGUUGUUGGAGCAGCAGCCUUGGCCUUCAAAUAUCUGGGCAGCGACUGUGAUAAGCUCCUUGGGGGGCAUAUACCGCAGUUGCACUCCUUCUACGAGUCUGUACUCGAUAAGCUCAAACCGCCCAGCCAGGAAGAAGUCACCGAGGGUGUCGCUGCAGUUGUUGCAGUGCAACCCAUUGAUAAGAUAUAUGAAUCGAUGAAGCUUUUCUGUGACCCUAUCAUGGCAAGGAUCAUGAAUUUGGCAAACAACGCGCAAGAUGAGCAAGGCCAAAGAGCUGUUGCAGACCAUUUGCAGUUGAUCACUAUUUUUAUUCAGGUUGUCACACCUUAUGUUGGUCCCCAAGGAGAAAACCCUGCGGUGAAGUAUUGUGGUGAAAUCAUGUCGAUUCUAAGCACUCUAGUGAUGAACUUUACCAAGUCUACGCCUAUUUUGGAACGAGUCUGCCGUUGCUGGAGGUACAUGAUCAUAUCUUACCGAACGGCUAUGAUUCCCUUGUUACCGACUUUGGCACAAAGCUUGGCAGCCGGGUUUGAGGCUUCUCGAGAAGGCUGCUUUCUGUGGGCAACGGAUGCUGUUGUCAGAGAAUUUGCGGAAGGGACUGAGCUUGUUGACUCGGAAACAAGCCAGGCUGUAUAUCAAUUUUUUGAGCAGCAAAGUCUCGUGUUCUUACGUAUUUUGAACGAACUGCCUCCUGAACAACUACCAGAUGUGAUUGAGGAUUUCUUCCGUCUGGCUAGCGAUGCGAUCCGCUUCUAUCCCAAAGAAUGCAUUACGUCGACACUGGUGGUGCCUACGUUCUCUGCUGGUCUCAGUGCCCUCACACUACAGCAAGUUGACCCGCUCAUUUCAACCCUGCAUUAUUACCGGGAUAUGCUAAGCUUCGGGUUUGAAUCGCCAUCUAUUUCGAACUUCAAUGGUCCUGAUGGCCAACCUUACACAAACCCGGUGGAUAUACGCAACGCAGUGAAAGAGCUCAUUGGAAACCAAGGCCAGCUGCUUGUUGAACGGGUAUUGACGGGCAUGAUGUUCAGCUUCCCCGAGGAUUGCUUUCCGGAUGCCUCCGGGAUACUUAUGACGUUGUUCCAGCUGAUGCCGCAGCAAACUGGGCUGUGGGUGCAAUCGACGAUCGAACGACUGCCCGCAGGCACAAUGAAAGCUGGUGAAGCGGAGAGACUGUUGUCAAGUAUAUCCGAGAAACUACAAUUAUCGGAAAGCCGCAAGAUACGUGCGCUCCUACAAGAUUUUACGAAUUCUUACCGGCGCCGGAAUGUUGCACCACGCGAUGGACUUGGGAGACUGGAAGCAAGUCGAUUCCGAUUCAGCGGAUAA